GGCAACUUACCGAGAAAGACAUGCAACUUCUUUGCCUAUGGAAAUUAAUACUGGACACUAGGACUGUGAAGUAGUGCAUUCCUUGACUGUCUCCCUUGCAUAAGUUCUUUUCCUUCUUACAGCUUCUUUAGGCAUUAUGCCGUCUCAGGACCCCUUCUACCUGAUACGGCAGGAGAUACAGGAUAGCGUAAAUGACCUACAACAACGCAUGUCAAGAUUCCACGGGUUAACGGCGACAAACCCAGAGCGAAAGAAAAUUGCACAAGCAGUGGACGAAGGAUGCAGCUCGCUGGCUUGGCAGCUAAAUGAGCUGGACACGGCGGUGGACCGCGCCUCUGAAAACCCCCAACGCUUCAAUUUAACACCAGAGGAGCUGAGCAGCCGGCGACGAUGGAUAAGCAACACCCGGCGGCAGCUGGACGGCAUGAAGGAGACGCUGCGCACCGCCACCGCGCCGCCCCCCCCGCUGUCCACCGCGGAGUCCAAGCAGGUGGCGCAGAACGACAAGUUCGUGUCGGGGCAGUUCGAGUCGCAGCAGGUCAUGAUAAAGCGUCAGGACCAGGACCUUGAGGACAUCGAGCAGGCGGUCAUCCGCAUCGGGCGGCAGGGGCGGGCCAUGGCCACGGAGCUGGCGGAGCAGGGCAACCUGCUUGAGGAGCUGGACCAGGACGUGGACACCACCCACAGCCGGCUCAAGGCGGCGCAGAAGAAGAUGGCGGAGCUGAUCCGCAAGAGCGGCUCCAACACGCAGCUGGUGCUGAUCGUGGCGCUGAUCGUCAUCCUGGUGGUCAUGAGCAUCUUUGCAUUCAUGUAGGGGGGAGGGGGGAGGUCAAAGACCAUACCGAACCAUAGGAAACCACAAGUUAGGGCAAAGCAAUG